UAUUCUGAAGAGGCGGAUGUAUUCGUUUAUGUUGUGUUUCUGGAAAGAAGGGGAGAAGGAGAAAACAAUACAUGUUUGUUUAAUUUAGUAUCGCACAAAAGUCUUAUGUACUUUUUAAUUUGUUGGUCAUUUCAUAAAUCAAAGAUUGCUGUAAUACCCACUUUGUAAAGUCCUGAAUUGAACCAAGUCAAGGAUCUUUCAUUGAUGGUUCGAAAAAUCUAACCAUGAGCUUCAGCUUUGAGGGAGAUUUCAAAACAAGACCCAAGGUGUCUCUUGGAGGAGCGAGUAAAAAGGAGGAAAAAGCAUCUCUUCUACACCGGACACAAGAGGAAAGGCGAAAAAGAGAGGAUGAAAGACGAAGAUUGAAGAACGCUAUUGUCAUUCAGUCCUAUAUACGAGGAUACCAUGACCGAAAACAGCAAUAUGCCAUCCAGAGGGGUAACUUUGACCGCUGCGUCUGCCAGGCACAGUCAGAAGGUGGACCGCCAAUGUCCGACGCUGCCAGUCUCAGUCUCCUAACGAGGCAACUCCUUUUUUUCUACAGACAGAGUGAGGAUUCAUGGAGAUUGAUAUGGAUUUGUCAGAACCUAGUGAAACACAAUGGGCAGUUUUUGAAGCUGCUGGCAGGGCCCGAGAGACAGACGUGUGUGUUUCAGAUCAAGAGGGUCCUGGGCUCCUGCUGCAGACUUCUGCAGACCUGCAAGGAUGACAGUUUGAAUGUUGCCGUCCCCAUGAGGAUGCUGGAGAUCUUUUCUUCAGAGAGAACUUAUCUUCCUGUCCUUGAAGACAUGAAUUGUGUAGCGUCGUUAAUCGAGCAGAUUUUGCACUAUAUGGUACAGAAAGGAUACUACAGGUCACUUUAUAUUCUAGUGAAUCACAAGCUUCCUUCCAGUCUGGAGUACAGCGAUGCUCCCUAUGGGGCACACGCUAUCCCCUUGGCAAGCACACUGCUGGAGCACACGCUGAAGCCCCUGCACUUUACCUACUCCUCCUGCACUACAGGCGCAAGGCAGUUUGUGUUUGCGGCCUUCACUGAGGAGUUCACCUCGGCGCCUUUCACGGAGCAGAUCUUUCAUUUCUUUAUUCCGGCGCUGUCCGAUCCGCGCCUCCACUUCCCCUUCGAGGCCUUCCUGGGCUCCCUGCAGGCCACCGUAGUCUCCUCCGCAGCGGCGCUGAAACGUGCGCCGUGGCUCUUCUACUUUGUCCUCUCGGUCGGGGAGACCUGCCUGGGUUCAUUGUCAGAGGAGGGCCUCCAGCUGUACCUGCGAGCUCUGCAGGCCCUCCUGCCUCUCCUCCCCGUGUCAGAGAGCACCAGCAGGCCGGAGGUCAUCAGUGACUCUGAGGACGAGGAGGACACCAACACCCAGGCUCCUUCCACACAGGACGACAGUUAUCGGAUAUCGGUGCAGCUGAUCACGGAGGAGUGCGUCCACAAGCUGGACACAAAGCAGCAGACGAACGCGCUGCUCAACCUGGUGUGGAGGGACUCGGCCAGCGAGGAGGUCUUCACCAUGAUGGCCUCCAUCUGCCACACACUCAUGGUGCAGCACCGCAUGAUGGUGCCCAAAGUCAGGCUUCUGUACAGUUUAGCGUUUAAUGCACGUUUCCUGAGACAUCUCUGGCACCUGAUACAGUCCAUGACCACCAAAAUGAUCACGGGGUCCAUGGUUCCGCUGUUGCAGGUCAUUUCGCGGGGGUCUCCCAUGUCCCUGGAAGACUCCAAUCGCAUCAUUCCCCUCUUCUAUCUCUUCAGUUCCCUCUUCAGCCACUCGCUCAUCUCCGUGCACGACAGCGAGUUCUUUGGCUACCCUAUGGAGGGCCAUGGCCACAGCAAUACCACCAUGAUGCCGUUCACAUUGUCCGAGCUGGUGAAGCUGUCUCAGUUGCUGAGGGACGCGUGUCUGGGCAUCAUCAAGCUGGCCUACCCCGAGACCAAGACGGAGCACCGCGAGGAGUACAUGGCCGCCUUCCGCAGUGUGGGGGUCAAAACCAACGCAGAGGUGCAGCAGCGCAUCCAGGCCGAGCAGAAACGCUGGGUUCAGCUCUUCAAGGUGAUCACUAACUUGGUGAAGAUGGUGAAGGCUCGUGACAUCAGACGUCCCUUCUGUCCGGCAGGUCAUUGGCUCUCUGAAGAGGUCAACAUCAGAGCAGAUAAGGUGACCCAGCUGUACGUCCCCUCGGCCAGACACGUGUGGAGGACGCGGAGGAUGGGACGCAUCGGGCCCCUGCAGUCCAGACUGGAUGUGGGGAUGGAGCCUCCACAGCUGUCUGUGUCUGAGGAGAGACACUUGGCCAUUCUGACCGAGCUGCCCUUCGUCGUGCCCUUUGAGGAACGAGUCAAGAUCUUCCAGAGAUUGAUCUACGCGGACAAGCGGGACGUACAGGGAGACGGGCCGUUUCUGGACGGGAUCAUCGUCACCAUCAGACGGAACUACAUCUACGAGGACGCCUACGACAAGCUCUCCCCAGAAAACGAGCCGGACCUGAAGAAACGUGUCCGGGUGCACCUACUCAACGCCCACGGUCUGGACGAGGCGGGCAUCGACGGCGGGGGCAUCUUCCGCGAGUUCCUCAACGAGCUGCUCAAGUCGGGCUUCAACCCCAACCAGGGCUUUUUCAAGACCACCAACGAGGGCCUGCUUUAUCCUAGCCCCACCGCCCAGAUGCUAGUGGGGGACUCCUUCGCCAGACACUACUACUUCCUGGGACGGAUACUGGGGAAGGCCCUGUAUGAGAACAUGCUGGUGGAGCUGCCGUUUGCCAGCUUUUUCCUGUCCAAGCUGCUGGGCACCAGUGCUGACGUGGACAUCCACCACCUGGCCUCGCUGGACCCCGAGAUGUACCGAAACCUGCUCUUCCUCAAGAGCUACGAGGACGACGUGGAGGACCUGGGACUCAACUUCACCAUCGUCAACAAUGACCUGGGAGAGGCACAGGUGGUUGAGCUGAAGCCUGGAGGGAAGGACAUCCCUGUGUCCACGGCCAACAGGAUCGCGUAUAUCCAUUUAGUGGCAGAUUACCGACUCAACAAACAGAUCAGGCCCCACUGCCUGGCCUUCAGACAGGGCCUGGCCAACGUGGUCAACCUGGAGUGGCUGCGUAUGUUUGACCAGCAGGAGAUCCAGGUGUUGAUAUCUGGAGCUCAUGUACCCAUUUGUCUUGACGACCUGAAGACGUUCACAAACUACUCAGGUGGUUACACUGCCACUCACCCUGUCAUUACCAUCUUCUGGGAGGUGGUGGAAAGCUUCACCGAUGAAGAGAAACGCAAGCUGCUCAAGUUUGUCACCAGUUGCUCGCGGCCUCCCCUCCUGGGCUUCAAGGAGCUGUACCCAGCCUUCUGCAUCCAUAACGGGGGGAACGACCUGGAGCGCCUGCCCACGGCCUCCACCUGCAUGAACCUGCUCAAGCUGCCCGAGUUCUGCGACCAGCACCUGAUGAGGAACAAGUUGCUGUACGCCAUCGAGUCCUCCGCAGGCUUCGAGCUCAGUUGAGGGGGGGUGUCUGUCUCUGACUCCCUGAAAACCACUGACUCAAUGGACAUGGAUGGGCCAGAGAAGACUGUCUGUUGAGAAAGCGUGAAACAAAGACUUAGGGGAAAGAUGCAUUGGUAUCUCUCUGACUGGGUGGAAAACAAACAGGGGUGAAAGGAUUGUAUGCAUUGGUAUCUCUCUGACUGGGUGGAAAACAAACAGGGGUGAAAGGAUUGUAUGCAUUGGUAUCUCUCUGACUGGGUGGAAAACAAACAGGGGUGAAAGGAUUGUAUGCAUUGGUAUCUCUCUGACUGGGUGGAAAACAAACAGGGGUGAAAGGAUUGUCUCCCAAAUCGGAUGAGGAAGAGGGGGACGAGGGAAGAAUGGAGGGGAAGGCAAAAGUGCAGUCAUUUGUUUUUGUUUUAAUAUAACUUAAAUGUAGACGAGAUCUACUGUGAGUGUGUCCAUGGCGAUACAUUUGACCCUUAAGCACAGCGAGUUGUGAAAUUAUCAACAGAAAUAAACAUCAACAACAACGGAGUGUUCACCAAAGAUUGACCCGUGCUGUGCUGUUGGAAAAUGGGUAGAAGAGAGGCACAGGAAAUAAGAGGACAGAGGUGGGAGAUGGGGUGACAUACAGGACUGCAACACUCCUAACACCCCUGUGUCAAGGGUUUUAAGAGGGUCUAAUAGCGCCUGUUCCAAAUGGCGCCCUAUUCCCUAUAUCGUUCACUACUUUUGACCUGAUCCCUAUGGGCCCUGGUCAAAAGUAGUGCACGAUUACGGGAAUAGGGUGCCAUUAGGAACAUUUUCAACUAUAGGUCAUGUUUUGUGAUUACUGUAAUGGUUAUUAUCGUUUUCAGAACAUAAAAAUGCUAAUGGUUUGGGCAGGCUACUGUGUUGGUUUUUCAAGGCAAAGACUAGUAUUGUUGAUAAGAGAUUGGACAAAACUAUUGAUUAUGAUGAUCAUGGAAUAUUUGUUAAUAUGUAUAUGUGUUUACACCACUCUUGUACAAUUCCUUCACUCAUUUGUACAGGCUGCUUUUCUCUGUUUCUUUUUCCUCUUGUGUUUCGAAUGAAGGCCUGGUGUUUUCACACACAGAUUAAAGUGAACAAUCUAUUUUA